AUGAAUGGUUCUUCUCAAAGAAGGACUGCGCUUCAUCUUUCUGCUAUGGUGUCUGGACAGCACGACACAGAUGAGGCCAACGGGCACUUCAUUCAGGAGCAAAACUUCAAAGUGAAGCACAGACCGACUGUAUGGGUGCUGCUUCUUCACAUUGCCGUGCUGGCAACAAUUGUUCUUUCUCGGGUACCCUGCACCGACUUAGCCUUCGAAGAUGCUCCUUUUAUCGUGCAAGAACGCAUGGAGGAAAACAUCGAUGAUACAAUUUACUGCGACAGUGGAUACGAGCGGGAGGACGCUACUGACGGCCAAGAGUGCGUUACCUGCCCCCAAAAUGCGGAUUGCGCAGGAGGAACGAUGGCAUGCCGCCCUGGGUAUAUGCCUCCCGAGAGACAAAAGGGGCCGCAAGCAGCGCCAAAUGCCUGUGUCGAAGACAGUGAGAAAAAGGCUAGGGCAGCUGAUGUCUUGAAAUUACUGGUGGAAAUCCUGAAGGAGAGGCAGGGUCGGUACGACUGCGGAUACCCUGUGGAUCCCCUGUUUAGCCCCUCAGAGCAACUAGGGGGAAAGCCGUGGAGCAACACAAUCACGAAGAUGUGCGGUGGCCCGGGAUUAACUCGGUGGCAGAUGGUGUUUCACCGGGAUAUUGCACAAGCUAUUGCGGACGAAGGGGUUUACUACUGGCUAUUUUACAACUUCUUAACCCCAGAAGCUGCUGCCCAAAUCGAUAUCCAGGUCAGCGGCGGGCUAUUCAGGUAUUGA